GCAGAGGGCAGAAGGGACAUGGGAGCGAAAAAGGUCCUGGACAUCUCGCGGACUCGCAUAGUUCUCCAGUGUCUGAUGAGCGCAGUUCUUCCAGUACGUGGUGGUCGGGCAUAUGAGUUAUGCUCUGCAAGAAUACAACGGCAGACCCUAUAUCACGUCACUGUCAACAGAGAUACCAAAACAGGGACUGCCUAGUAUUUUUGACAGUCGAGAUAAUAGAGACUCUCAAUGUCCUCGAGUACCAUCUAGCAGGAUUAUUCGAGCCCAAACACGCUACAACUGUGUACGAUUGCUCGGUGAAAUAAGAGUGGACCCUCUGCACCUAGAGACGGGGCUCAUUCCUGAUGUCACGAGGGUUCGACAGCUCUGAUUAUAUCUCGUUCACAGAUAGAUGAAUGGAGCGCCGUAGCAACGAUAACUUCGCCGACAACUAUGGUUGCGUGAAUCACCUGGUAAUGCGGCUUAAAG